AUGACCAACACGCUGGACAUUACCAAGCGCGAGCAGACCAUCAACCUCGGAGCGGGCCCCAGCUCGCUGCCGACGUCGGUGCUGCUCGAGGCUGCACAGGGCAUCCUCGACUAUCAAGGCACGGGCAUGGGUCUCACCGAGCUCUCGCAUCGCUCCAAGACGUUCCAGGCGCUCAUGGACAAGACGGAAGCCGAUCUGCGCGCACUGAUGUCUGUGCCCGACUCGCACGCUGUGCUCUUCCUCCAGGGCGGCGGGACGGAGCAAUUCUCCGCCACGGCGCUCAACCUGCUCGCCGCCCACGCCGUGCAUAAUCCCGACUAUUUUGCCACCAACGGCAACCAGGGUCCGCCAUGCGAUUACGCCGUCACGGGAUCUUGGACGGCCAAGGCGGUCAAGGAGGCUGCUCGACUUGGCGCCAACACGAAUGUCGCCGUGGAUGCAAGGAAGGUCGAAGGGGCUGGUGGCAAGUUUGGCUCCAUCCCGCGCGUGAGCGAGUGGAAGCUUAGCCCGGUGGCGAGCAAGCCUGCAAUGCUGUACUACUGCGAUAACGAGACGGUGGAUGGUGUCGAGUACCCGAGCCCUGGAUUCCCGCUCGACCAGCUGCCCGAAGACUACCGCAAGACCGUACCGAUCGUCGCCGACUGUUCGAGCAACAUCCUGUCGAGGCCGAUCGACGUGGCUGCGCAUGCGAUCGUGUUCUUCGGCGCCCAGAAGAACGUCGGUCCGUCUGGCGUGACCGUGGCGAUUGUUCGCAAGGACCUGAUUGUGGAUCCUGAUGCCGGCGUUGCACAUGGUGGACCACGCAUUCCGACGACGCUGGUGUACAAGAACAUGCUCGACAACGGCUCGCUGUACAACACGCCUUCGAUGUUUGCCAUCUAUGCGUCCGGGUUGGUGUUCGACGAUCUGCUGCGCAACAAGGGCGGUGUUGCCGGUGCCACGGAGCGAUCCGCCCAAAAGGCUGCGCUGAUCUACGGCGUGAUCGAGGCGAGCGAGGGCGUCUUCUUGCCCACCGUCAGACAGGCGUCGGCAAGGAGCCGCAUGAACGUCACCUUCCGCAUCUCCAAGCCGGGUCAGAACCAGCCGGAUGAGAAGCUCGAGGACGCAUUCGUGAAAAGGUGCGCAGAGGCCAACAUUGUGCAGGUCAAGGGUCAUAGGUCCGUGGGCGGUAUUCGUACCAGCUUGUACAACGCUGUCACGAUCGAGCAGACCCAAAAGCUGGCAGAGGUCAUGAAGACGUUCGCUCGCGACGCCAAGGAUGGCAAGCUCUAA